AUGGAACGGCGUGUUGCUGAGCGGAAGGCUAACUUCAAGAAAAAUUUUGAAGAUCCUAGGAGGAAGCGAGAAGACUUGCAGGUUCAAAUAAGGAAGACGCACAGGGAGCAGAACCUCGCGAAGAAGAGGGCUGAGGCUCUUGGCGAAGCCGAGGCAGCAACGGGAGCAACAGCACCAGGGGAUGCUGCCCCCUUCGCAGGAGAUAGUGCUAUUCCACAGGGUGCUCAGGGGGGGGCAGGGGCCCCAGGGGGCCCCCCCGAGCUCGCUGGAAAAGACUUACAGCAACUUAUGGCAGCCUUGGCAAGCGGCAACCCCGAUGCUGAACUCCAGGCGACGCAGUUAUUCCGCAGAGCUCUGAGCAUCGAGCACAAUCCUCCAAUCCAGCUUGUCAUCGAUGCAGGGGCUGUUCCCCAUUUCGUUCGCUUUCUCUCUAUGACCGGACGUGAGAAUCUGCAAUUCGAGGCGGCAUGGGCGCUUACAAAUAUUGCAUCAGGCACUCAGGAGCAGACCAAGGUAGUAAUAGACUGCGGAGCAGUUCCGUUGUUCGUAGAGCUUUUGCGCUCACCUAAGGAGGAGGUGAGGGAGCAGGCGGUGUGGGCGCUCGGCAACAUCGCGGGGGAUUCUCCGAACUGCAGGAAUUUAGUGCUCGAUGCAAACGCCUUGCAGCCUUUGCUGGAGCAGCUCAAUACCCCCGACUCGAAGUUGGCCAUGCUGCGGAAUGCCACGUGGACGCUCUCCAACUUCUGCAGGGGAAAGCCAGCACCUGCUUUCGACAGGGUUGCCCCUGCACUUCCAACGCUUGCAGCGCUCAUUUAUUCGGACGAUCUCGAAGUCUUGACGGAUGCUUGCUGGGCUCUGUCAUAUUUAUCGGACGGCCCUAACGACCGCAUUGAAGCUGUUUUACAGGCGGGUGUGUGCGGUCGCUUAGUCGAUCUGCUGAAUUACCCGUCCACGCUGGUGCAGACACCCGCACUUCGCGCCGUGGGAAAUAUCGUUACAGGCGAUGAUCGACAAACCCAAGUCGUGUUGACGUGCGGUGCCGUUCCCAAACUGCUUGGCCUUUUAUCUUCCACAAGGAAGACCGUACAGAAAGAGGCCUGCUGGACUAUAUCCAACAUUACCGCCGGCAAUAGAGAUCAGAUCCAGGAGGUGUUGGACAGCGGCGCUAUUCCUGCACUGCUUCAUGUCUUGCAGACAGCGGAAUUUGACACCAAGAAGGAAGCCGCGUGGGCGAUCAGCAACGCAGUCAGCGGGGGUUCAGAUGCGCAGGUUGAAGCCUUGGUGCGCCUUGGCUGCGUCCCACCUCUCUGCGAGCUCAUCAGCUGCGUGGACAGCAAGAUCGUCAUGGUUGCCUUGGAGGCGCUGCACGCGAUCUUGCGGACGGGGAAAAAGCUGAAAGAAACCGAAGGCUUGCUAUCCAAUCCUUUCGCAGACCUCAUUGAGCAGGCCGAUGGAACGGCGGCCUUAGAGAAGCUCCAAGACAGCAACAACGAAGCGAUCUUCAAGAAGGUCUACUCAAUUAUCUCAACUUACUUUCCGUAUGAAGAGGAAGAGGAGGGGGUGUCUACAGAUAUGGGGGUCCCUGGGGGACUUGGUGAUGGUUCCGGCUUUGGAGCCGAGGCUCCUCAAGGAGGCUUCAAGUUCGGUUAG